AUGGGAAAUUCAGAAAGUACACCGUUGCCCGGAGGAGGGUCUGAAGGAUAUCAUGUCCUACGGGUAGGUUUUUUGUAUUAUUUCAUUUUCAUUUUUUUUUUCUGUAUUUAGGUCCAAGAGAAUUCACCUGGACAGUUGGCUGGCCUGGAAGCUUUCUUUGAUUUCAUUGUUGCUGUUGGGAAUAAGCGUCUGGUAGGUUAUUAAUUGUUCACAAAGACUAACAAUAUUUUAUUAUAGGAUCGGGAUGAUGAAAGUUUUAAACAAAUUCUGAAUCAAAGCGUUGAUAAACCGCUUGAACUGACUGUGUACAACAGGUAAUUUUUGUUCAAUGCUUUAGUAUAUGUUUUAUCAGUAAGUCACAGACCGUCCGCCAAACUCAAAUCAUCCCCUCCAAUUCCUGGGGCGGACAAGGGAUUCUUGGAAUCUCUAUCCGCUUCUGUUCCUUCGACGGAGCCAACCAGAACGUAUGGCAUAUAAUAUCAGUGCAGCCAAAUUCUCCGGCUUAUCAAGCUGGUCUCCAAGCUGAUUCCGACUAUGUCCUAGGCGCCGAAUCAGUGCUUCAACAAGCCGACGAUCUUAUUGCACUAGUACAGGCGAACAUAGGAAAGCCCGUUAAACUAUACGUUUACAAUGUCGAAACGGAUGCUGUUCGAGAAGUAUGUUUAGCUAGUAAUUAUGUCUUUAUUUAUAGGUUACUCUAACUCCAAACGAUGGAUGGGGAGGCGAAGGAUGCCUUGGCUGUGAUAUUGGAUAUGGUUAUCUUCAUCGAAUUCCUUCUUCUGUUGACAGGUCCAAUGUUCACGUGAAUCCUGAUGUUGUAACCGCUCAAAAAACCAACAUUCCGCAACCAGGGUUCACUGGAAUUCCACAAUUAGAUCAGAUUCAAUCAAAUGUUCCAACAACAACACCUGCCGUCCGUCAAUUUCCCGACCCUAGUGAAUUUUCUGUCCCCGCAUCGGCUCCAAAUGUUGUUCCUCAAGUUGUACCCCAGGCGCCUACCCCCGUUGACACUCAUGUGGAAAGUCCUGUCGGAUUCUCUGAAGCUAAUACCACCUCAGCGGUUCAACACAAUACUUUUAGUGUACCACAGACUCCAGCGACAUCAGGAGUCAGAGAGUCGCAUACAUUUUCUAAUUAUGAGUCUCAGGAACCUGUAACGUCGCUUCCUCCUUCGUCUGUAGGGAACUUCGAAGCGUCUAGUUAUCCCAACUACUAUAACGACUCAUAUCAGUACUCCCAAACAGCAGCCCCUCCUCCGUCGCUGCCUCCGUCACAUAUUUCCGCCGUUCCACAGCCUGCUUUCCCUCCAACUCUUCCUCCAUCAAGUUCUCCGGCAGUCCCACAAGUCAAUUCUUACAAUGGUCACGGAAUCCACCAACAGUUCCCUCCACAAUCCUCACCAUCUAGUCUUGCCCAGAAUUUCAAUCAAAUGUCAUUAACAGCGGAUAUUCCUAUUAAUACCAGUAGUUAUCAACCGUAUCUGGCUUAUGGAGCUCCCGCGCCGCCUCCUACAUUUGCGCAAGAAGGUUACGGAGUGCAAGGUAACGUUUACAGGCAAACACGUGUAUUUGUAGGCCAUCAAUCAGUUCCCCCACCUGCUCAACCUUACUAUCAGCCUCCUGCAUCUGGGCUACUACCACAGACAUCGCUUCCUCAACCACCGAAUCUGAAUUUCCCAAUGCCUCCGCUUUCGUCCCUGGGUAUAAAUAAUUUGGUGCCACCAAUGGGACAGUUCACUCAGUCAGACCCAAACCAGAGGCCACAUUUCUGA